ACUGAGCAUGAAACUCUCCAUGCCCAGUUCUGCCUUGUAGCCAAAACCAUGUCUUGGGCCUUUCAAGAGCUUUGCGGGCACAAAUGCAAGUGAGGCCCAUGGCAGGCCAUCCAGAUAUAGAAUUUACUGAUCAGUGAUUUUCGCUAAAGAUGAAUUGUUGUACAUUCGAUUUAUUUAUUUUAAUUAUGUUUCAUUGAAUACCUAGAAAAAGUGAAUGUACGCAGUACGGAUUAUGACUUUUUGUGUAGAUAUAUGCAGGAUAGAGGGAUUUGAGCUGAGUUAGACUGAACGGGAAUUUAUCACAUUUCUGCUGCGUUUGUGAAUUUUGGGUGAACGAUGGAUCGAUAAAUUUUUAUUUUUAUUUUUUUUCGUUUUUUUGGGCUUAAAUUUAAUGUGCGUGAGCGGCGGAACGGUGGGGAGAGGAAUUGUUGUUGUUGUUGGUCUGAUAGUUAGCGUAGUGGUGGAAUCAUCCGCAACAUGUCUGCCAUAUUGUGCGGCAAGAGAUCAAGCAUCUUCUCUGAGGAUUUGCAGUCAUCUUCGGCGCCGGCGUCAACAUCGCCCUCAUCGCCUCCGCUCUCCAAAAGAUUCCGCUGCUCCUCAUUCUCUCCUUCCAGCUCCACCGCCGCUUCCUUCUCAUCGAUUUCGUCGCGCCAUGAUUAUUUGAUCGCCAGUUUCCCUGGCAUGGAUAAACAGUUGCUUGAGAAAACGCUUCAAGAAUGUGGUGAUGAUCUUGAUUCUGCAAUCAGAAGUCUAAAUGAGCUUCACUUGGGGUCUGGUAAAGUAAUGAGUAACGGGGAGGUCACACCUCCAAAGGAUCCAUCCACUGCAAAAGAACACUUGAUUGACAGUGCUGAAUGGGUGGAGCGUUUUGUUCAAGAGAUGAUGAUCUCAUCCAAUGUAGAUGAUGCUAAAGCCCGUGCCUCGCGAGCUCUUGAGGUUUUGGAGAGGUCCAUUUAUGGUCACGCAGCAGAAGCUGCAGUUCAGUGUUUCCAGCAGGAGAACGGGGUGCUGAAGCAACAGCUCGAAGCUUCGUUACAGGAAAAUACCAUUUUGAAAAGAGCUGUUUCCAUACAGCAUGAGCGGCAGAAAGAAUUCGACGAAAGAGGACAAGAAAUGAACAACUUGAAGCAGAUCCUGGCUCAAUACCGGGAGCAGCUUAGAAACCUCGAGGUCAAUAACUACGCCCUAGCAAUGCACCUCAAGCAGACUCAACAAAGCAACUCCAUGCCAGGCCAUUUCAACCCAGACGUCUUUUAAUCUGGUAAGAUACGCUCUUUAGUCUUUACUGCACGACAUUUAGCAUGGCAACCACGCCAUACGAUAUAGCAGAGCUUGACACCAUUUGGCGUUGGCUGCAUAGCCACGCAGCCCUACCCAAGUACCAUGAACUAGAACUCUAGAAGUCUGGGAAAUCUACUGGAGUUGUAACUUUGUUCUUUGCAUCAAUAUCACCUCUUGUGUAUAAAUUUCCUUUGAGCCGCUUAUUUUUACAGUCACAGUGGCAUAUGCCUCUGGUAUUGUAUAUUUAGCAGUGGUUGCAGAAGACCAUGGAAAGGUUUUUUAGACCCAUAACAUAAAUUGUUACAAGUCAAAGUUCAUUUGGAUUUUUGCUUUUAUGAUAACUUGGCAUGUUCAAAAAA